UGGGACCCUCGAUUUUCGGACACUGAGCGCCAUGGCCCUGCCUCUGCUGCCGGGCUACAGCUUCAACCGCAACGUGGGAAAGGAGAAGUUUCACAAAUCCCAACAUUGGGGCUUUUGCAACAAUGUUAUGAUGUUGGUGAGUGAUGAAAAGCCUGGAAUAGGUGGAGAACCACUUCUGGGGCAAAAGAUAAAGCCGAAAUGUAGCAUAUAUCCUAAAGGAGAUGGAAGUGAUGUACCAUCAUGGGUAGCCUUUGAUAAACAGGUAUUAUCUUUUGAUGCCUAUUCGGAAGAGGAAGUACUUGAUAAAAGCCAAACCAACUACAGAAUAAGAUACUAUAAAAUCUACUUCUACCCUGAAGAUGACACAAUUCAAGUAAAUGAACUAGAGGUGAAAAAUAGUGGAUCGCUUCAAGGGACUUCUAUCCGGCGUCAUCGGAUUACUCUUCAGCCUCCAGAUGACGAUCAGUUUUAUACUGUGUAUCAUUUUAAUGUUGGCACAGAGGUUGUCUUCUAUGGCCGGAUAUUCAAGAUUUAUGACUGUGAUGCAUUCACAAGAAACUUUUUGAGGAAAAUAGGGGUCAAAGUGAAUCCCCCAGUACAACGUCCAGAAGAUCCUUACGUGAAGAUUCAGAGAGAGGUUGUAAAACACGUAGAGCCCUUACGUCCCUACAAAUCCCUAGACACCCCAAAACAGUUCCUCCAGUAUCAUGACAAGAUUUUGUGUUUCUUCUGCCUGUGGGAUGACUCAGUCUCGAUGUUUGGAGACCGUAGAGAACUCAUCCUGCAUUACUUCUUGUGUGAUGAUACUAUUGAAAUCAAAGAAUUGCUUCCACACAACUCAGGCCGAGAUGCUGUAAAAAUGUUCCUCCGGAGGAGUAAGCUACCCAAGAAUUGCCCACCUAGAGUCUAUCAACCAGGCCAGCUAGGAAAAGUAGACCAAGAGUUUUACAAAGAUAGUGACCUGUCCCUAGGAGUCACCAUCAAUGUGUGGGGAAGAAAAGUGCUCCUUUAUGACUGUGAUGAAUUUACAAAGUCUUAUUAUAAGUCUAAAUAUGGAAUUGAGAACUUUACCUCAGUUUCAUGCAAGCGUCCUUCUCCUCCUCCAAAAAUAGAAAGGAAAUUUCCACCUUACAACGGUUUUGGUUCUGAGGAGGAUUCUCUCCGUAACUGCAUAGACCUCAAGCCCACACCUCGUCAGAGGAACUUCAAGAAGUUUAUGGAAACAGACAGCUAUGGCUCCAAAAGCAAUAUACUCCGUUUCUUUGCAAAACUAGUCACAGACAAAUGUGUUGACUUGGACAGGAUGUUUGUUGUUUCAUAUUAUCUCAGUGAUGACACCAUUUCAGUGUUUGAACCUAUACAGAGGAAUUCAGGAAUUGCUGGUGGGAUGUUCUUGAAAAGAAGUCGCGUUAAGAAGCCUGGACAAGAAGUCUUUAAAAGUGAACUAUCUGAAUAUAUCAAGGCUGAGGAGCUGUACAUUGGAGUCACAGUGAAUGUGAAUGGUUACCUAUUUCGUUUGCUCAAUGCUGAUGAAUAUACCUUAAACUACAUGGAGCAGAAUACAGAUAAGUAUCCUUUCAGUAACCUCAAACUUGCCCUACAAAAGCUGAAGCAAGAAGAAGGAAAAUUCAGCGAGCUCAAGAAGCUAUUUAAAGCUGCUGACUGUAAGCACACAAAGAUGGUGGAUUAUAAUACAUUCAGAGACAUAUUGAUGUCUUUGACUGUUGGAAACCUCACAGAGCAAGAAUUCGUAACCAUUGCACGUCACUACCGUGCGCCCGAGGGCACAUGUUCGGAUGUGAAUUUCUUAAUUGCACUGGCCCACGAAAAGUUCAAGAAAAAUAUGUUUGAGAAUUUCGACACUUUCAUUUAUUCCUGUGUGUAUAAAGAUCGAGAAAAAAAAAAUGUAUUACCCACCAAAGACAUUAAAAGGCUGUGCAAAUCCUCCAGAUUACCUUUGAGUGAUGAUCUUCUAGAAUCCUUAUUGUCAAGGUUUGAAGACAGUGAAAAACAAAUAGAUUAUAAGUCAUUUUUCUCUGCCCUGAACUGGAGAAAGAAUCCAGUGCCUGAAUUGCAACCAGCAUCAUACCUUAAAGAGAGAUGUGAAGAUGUUUGGCUUGGUAUGCCAUCACCUAUUCCUGCAAAAUACAUUGACUACUGGACCUUUUUGAAGGACGUGUUUGGCUUAGGAAAAACCAUGCCAGUUUUGGUCAAUUCUCUAUGAUUUACUUCUCUCAUUUUGCCACAUUUACUUUAGUAGAUAUAAUUUCAUUAAAAACAAAAAGCUGAUAGGCAACUUCAGCUCCUUUAUCGUUAAUUAAAUGUAUUGAGGGGGGAGGAUUCCCAAGGUCUAGGUAAAGUUACCGGAAUCCAGAUUCCUUCUCGAGCUCGAACCAACAUUAAACUUUUCCUGGAGUCAAAAUGGGA